AUGGGCGACUGCGAGCCUGACUCGCGCACCUCCGAAACCCUGGAGGGGCUCGGGCGAGCUCCCGCCACUACCAACCACAACGCAGCACCCGCAGCGCUCACCCGAGCCAUUGUCCCCAGAUCGCCUCUCCAAACCGCCUUCCUCGAUAAAAUACCUCUCCACAAGAUGGCCGACCCCAUAGAUAGCGCUCUCGACCUCCUCCGGCGCCUCAACCCAAAGGACGUCAAGAAGAACGUCGACCAUAUCAUCAGCCUGAACCCUGCGCUCGAAGAAGACCUCCUCGAAUCUGUCGACAUCCCGCUCACCGUCAAGAAGUGCUCCAAGACGAAGCGCGAUUUCCUGUGCUGCGACUACAACCGUGACGGGGACAGCUGGAGGAGUCCGUGGAGCAAUGAGUUCGAGCCGCCGAUUGACGAGGGUGUGACGCCGAGCGAGAGGAUCAGGAAGAUGGAGGUCAAGGCGAACGAGGCGUUUGACGUAUACCGGGAGCUGUACUUCGAGGGCGGCAUAUCGAGUGUCUACCUCUGGGACAUGGAUGAUGGCUUCGCAGGCUGCGUGCUGCUGAAGAAGGCCGUCAACCCCACACAACGGAGCUCCGGCAGCUGGGACAGUAUCCACGUUUUCGACGCACAAGACCGCGCCCGUACCGCCCAUUACAAGCUGACCUCGACUGUCAUCCUUUCCCUCGGCACCGACUCCGAAGCGCUCGGCGGUCUGGACCUGUCUGGUAACAUGGUUCGCCAAGUGGAGGCUGACAUGGCUGUCGAGGACGACACAUCACACGUUGCAAACAUUGGCAAGAUGGUCGAGGAUAUGGAGCUGAAGAUGCGCAACCUGCUGCAGGAAGUGUAUUUUGGCAAGGCGAAGGACGUUGUAGGCGACUUGAGGAGUCUCCCGCCGCUGAGCCAGACGAACAAGGACCGGGCGACACAGAGGGAGAUGAUCAACAGCAUGGGCAGAUAA